AGAGAGAGAAGUAUAGACACUCACAGACAGAGACAAAGACAAUCAAUCAAUAAACCAAUCAAUCAAUCAAGCAAGCAAGCAAACCAAACAACUAACCAACCCACCAACCAACCAACGAACCAUGUGCACAAACAACAACCACAACAACACCACCAGCAGCACCACCGGCACGGGGUCCGCACCAGACUUCCAGCUCUCCCACGACCUGCGUGUGGUGCACGCCGUCUGCGCCUCGGCGCUCGCACUCCUGGGCACCACGGGAAACCUCGUCUCCGCCUACCUCAUCUGCAAGGAGGGCCUGUGCACGCGCUCGCCUGCCAUGAUGCUCAUCCUGAACCUGUGUCUGGCCAACCUGGUGAGCACCACGAUAGCCCUGCCCAUGAUCGCGCUCAACACCAUGAGCGACGGGUGGAUCUACGGAGACAUCGUCUGCAAGCUGUUCGGGUACGUGGUGUACGUGGCCAUCACGGCGGAGGUGCUGAUCCUGUUCAACGUGACGCUGAGCCAGUACCUGAUCGUGGUGCACCACGUCACCGACCGGGACAUCCUGGGCCGGAACCGGCGCCGCAACCUCUUCCUCAUCCUCAUUUUCCCCUGGGUCCUGGGCCUGGCCGCCUACAGCCUGCCGCUCGCCCAGGUGUGGGACGAGUUCGGGUUCGAGCCGUACCGCGGCUACUGCACGCUGCUGAACCCCGACGGCCUUACCGGGAUUCGGUCGGUGUUGGCCGUGCUGGUGAUCGUGAUGAUGGUGGUAGAGUGCUGCUACUGCUACCCGGCCAUCUUCUGGGUGCAGUACCGCUCGCACAGGAAGACGGCCACGUCUGUGCUGGAGGCGGCCAACACUUGGCGGGGGAGGCGGCGCCACGCGCAGGUGGUCAAGAUGAUCAUGGCGAUCAUCGCCAACUUCGCGUUGACCUACGUCCCGCUGCUGGUGAUCUCCGUGACGGACCCGUGCCUGGAGAGGGUGAGCCCAACGAUCUUCACGGUGGUUCUCUACGUCUCCUGGUCGCACACGGCCAGCAACCCGCUCAUCUACGCCCUGCUGCACCACCGCAUCAACGCCCUGUGGAGGAAGCACGUGCUGCUCUCCAGCUGCUGCCGUGGCGGUCGUGGCCGCGGGAAGAAGGCCGUGGGAGCGGGUCUGGCCGUGUUGGAGAACAUGACCGCGGCCAUUCUCAAGCGGCGCACGCCACAACCCUCCGGGGAGGACUCCAACGACGUGCACACCGAGAUGUUCGCGGAGGAGGAGGAGGAGGAGACGGAGAGGGAGAGGGAGAGGGAAAGGGAAAGGGAGAAGAAGGGGAGGAUUAUAGGAGUAGGAGAGGACAAGAAGGAGAGAAUAUUCGAAGGGAGAGCUAAAGGAGUGGGCGAGAUGGAGAGAAUGUUAGGAGCAAGAGGGGGAAAGGAUGAAAUGGAUAAAAUAUUACGAGGAGAAGGAAAGGGAGGAGAGGACAAGAAAGAAAGAACAUUACGAGAAGAAAAAGAAGGAGGAGAAGGAGGAGACGAAAAAGAAAGAAUAUUAGGAGGUGGAGUAAACGAGGAGGAGGUAGAGGCGUGAAAAGUAUAAAAAGACAAAUAAAUAACGCAGAACUUGGGUUGGAAACAUCUAAGACCUACCAAUAGCAACCUCCAACAAACUUGCGACAGGGAGGUGAUCGUAAUUGUUUCACACCCCUAUCCUUAAAAUUUAAAUAACUUCGGAGGUGGGCUUCCGACCCUGCCUGUCGGGGCCAACCCGGGCUAAAAAGGAAACAACACCUCUGCAGAAAGACAGAGACACUGGAUAAAAAUUUUUCCCAGUCGGACAUCGAACUCCAGUCUCCUGCGUGAGAAUGAGAGCGCAUAACCGCUACACCACAGACGCCGGUCUACUACAGCAAUCUUGAACAAAGACGGAGAUACUCGACAAAGUAGAGCCAUCCCCCACCCUUACCCUUCGAAUUGGGAACCGAACUCACGCCUUUCGUGCGCCACGGCGUAGAGCUGAACAAUGAAAGUAUGUCUCCUUAUGUGCGACGGUUUUCACCACCCUGGCUACUUGACCAGAUAGGGUUGGUUCCUCGCACUGCUGGCUGUGUGACUAGAAUGUGUUUUUAAACAUUCGUAUAUAUGCAAUCAUAAAGUAGCGCGUGUCUCCGAAAGACGAUGUGACAGAUCUCGCACCCCCACCCACCGUGCAAACUGAACAGGCGGAGGGAGACCAAAGAGCAACAAAAAGCACACUAUAUAACAGGAUGCUAGAUUAGUGGAAGGUCUACCGUGAUGUUUCCGGUUUUGGUUGAAGGUCUACCACCGGAGCAGUCCGAUAAGAGGUUUAGGCGAGGUUCUACCGCGGCCUUGGGACAGUCACUGGCUAUCCAUAUUAAACAUAUGUUAGCGGUUGUCGUUUU